AACUAUCCAAGUUCCAAAUUUCAAUCCAUAGAGACCGUAGGCCACCGAUCCAAUUACUCCAAUCAGAAAACCAAAGAACCCAAGGUCGGUGGAGGGUCGUAUUAUGAGCAGUAGGAUUAGAAACAAAACAGCGAUGCUAACGGCGAAACACAGACUACUCAACGAUUUCUCAUAAAAUUUCUCAAAAAGAAUUGCUAAAAUCAAGCAGGUGAUAUUUGCUAUUGAGUUUACCUUGGAGCUACACCUUCUACGGAUGAAUCUAAGUUGACUCAAACGCCUCGAAUUAGAUACCAGGAUGGCGGAGAUCUGGUACAACAACAGCGUUUCGAUUCCCAUGCCAUCAUAUUUUGCGUAUAAGUCGGUUUCCAGCAUAAACAUUGUCACAGUAAACAGAGCUAACUGGGCAAACAGAAUGAAGGAUUGCAUACCAGUCUGUGCGUUUUUGUGGAGAUGCAUCUUGAGAGCUUCCAAUAGAUUCCUCAUCUUCCGAUGGGUUUGGGCCGGUGAGACUCAACUAUUUCUUCUUCCUCAAAAUGUGCGAACGCAGACUUGGUGCUCGCCGAUAUCCUCAUCUUACGAGGCAGCUUACUAUACACCUCGUCGAGGCUCUGUUCUUGGAUUUGCUCCCUCUCUUCCUGUUCUUCCUGUUCUUCCUUUUCUUCUUCUUCAAAUUGGGGUUGUUCUUGCUUGCGGGUUUGCUCCGGCGGGAAAGCACCCUGUUUCUUCUCCGGCUUCGGCGUCUGCUGAAAAGCGGAAUGGGAAUAUACGCCCAGAUGGGGAGAUUUCUCAAAAGCAGUAAUUGGCUCUUGAGAUCUAUGAUUGUAAAACUUCAUAGAUUGAAGCCUUUGAAGAACAGAGGGAGAAGAUGCGGCGACUGUUGCUGCUUCUGCAGUUCAGUGUUGUUGAAUUCUCUGGAUCUAAUUUGAGUGACUAAAUCAACCAAUUUUGAAGAA